GGGGCGGGCUGGAAGGCGGAGGCUGUGCAGCGCGAGCUGCAGCAGCUGAGAUCAGGGAUGGCUCCGUGGGGAUCGGCGGUGGCAGCCGAGGUCUCCCCGGCUCCCCCGAUGCGGGGCGCGGCGGUCGCCCAGGGGAACCACUCCGACCUCGGAAAUCAAGGUUUUCCUAAUAUUUUGGCAAGCCAUAGUUUAGAAAGUACUACGACGCACGCUAUCGGUGAUCGCACAGGAAGUGGUGUGCAUCCAGAAUAUCUUGCUUAUGGGUUGGUUCCUGUCUUUUUCAUCAUGGGCCUUUUGGGGAUCCUCAUCUGUCACGUGCUUCAGAAAAAAGGGUAUCGGUGUACAACAGAGGCCGAGCAAGAAAUUGAAGAGGAAAAACUUCAAGAAAAGAUAGAAAUGAAUGAAAGUGUAAAUGACAAUAACGAUACUGUGGGGCGAAUCGUCAACAUCAUUAUGAAAAAUGAAGCAAAUGCUGAUAUGUUAAAGGCCAUGGUGGCAGAUAACAGCGUGUGUGAUCCUGAAAGCCCUGUCUCUCCUACCACUCCAGGCAGUCCUACAAGUCCAGGCUCUCCUUUGUCACCAGGUGAUACUCCAUCAAAACAUAACUGUCGUGGCCAUCACUUGCAUACAGUUGGGGGAGUAGUAGAGAAGGAUGUUUGUAGUCGCUGUAGUCACAAAAGAUGGCACCUUUUAAAGCCAACCAACAAAACUAAAGAACCUAAAAAAAGCCGACAAGGAGAAGUUACAGUACUUUCUGUGGGAAGAUUUAGAGUCACAAAAGUAGAGCACAAAUCUACAUCCAAAGAGCGGAAAAGCUUGAUGUCUGUUAAUGGUGUUGAAGGUGUCAAUGGAGAAGUGCCUGCCACACCUGUCAGACAAGGAGCAAGAGGGAGAACUAGCACAGAAUAACAGCACCAGAGCGCCAUGGAGAAGUGAUAUAAUUAAGGUGACCUAUUUACGCUAAGGCAACAAGGAGGAAGAGAAAACACACUGAGAAGAGGACAAGAAGAAAAGACACAGAGUAAGGAAUGUAAAUAAGCACUAAAACUCAAGCAACUCUUCUCUACUGGUUGACUUCAUAAAGUCUGUUCAAAAUAUUGAUCUGUAUUCUUACUCAUUGUACUAUGGAUAAAGCAGAUCUGAAUUCUG